ACAUGUAAAACAUUCAGCCAAUCAGAUUGCAGCAGCCUCAUUAAAUAUGCGCGGAAUUUGGCGAACAUCGAACUUGAGCAAGGGACUUAUGUACCAAGUAUCAUAAGCAUGUUUCAUCGAAAUCCCAUCAUUCCUUCUCAAGAUAUCGCGCGGAAAGCGAAACCGACAGACAUGUAAAACAUUCAGCCAAUCAGAUUGCAGCAGCCUCAUUAAAUAUGCGCGGAAUUUGGCGAACAUCGAACUUGAGCGAGGGACUUAUGUACCAGGUAUCAUAAGCAAGUUUCAUCGAAAUCUCAUCAUUCCUUCUCAAGAUAUCGUGCGGAAAGCGAAACGGACAGACAGACGGACAGACGGACAAGAGAUCCGACUGACACCAAGCGUGUAAGUGAGAGAACUAAACGGAAAAUAUGGUGGACGAAGCCACGAAACGUACUCUAGCAAAGAUUCCUUUGCUUAAAACGAAGGCAGGACCUCGGGAUGGCGAACAAUGGGUCGUGCGACUGAAAGAGGAAUACAUGUCAUUGAUUAAGUAUGUUCAGAACAACAAGGAGUCUGACAACGACUGGUUUCGUCUAGAAUCCAACAAAGAGGGCACUCGGUGGUUUGGGCGCUGCUGGUACAUCCAUGAACUUCUCAAAUAUGAAUUUGAUGUUGAAUUUGAUAUACCUGUGACUUACCCAACAACAGCCCCAGAAAUAGCAUUACCUGAACUGGACGGUAAAACUGCCAAGAUGUACAGAGGAGGAAAAAUUUGCCUGACUGAUCACUUCAAACCUCUGUGGGCCAGAAAUGUAUCGAGAUUUGGAAUUGCCCAUGCUAUGGCUUUAGGGCUUGGACCGUGGUUAGCAGUAGAAAUCCCAGAUCUUAUCAGUAAAGGUGUUGUAACCCAUAAAGAAAAACAAGGGGAAGGAGCUGAGAACUGACCCUGACUUCUCUAGGAUUAGAAAUUACACUGAUGAAGGAGCUGAGAACAGACCCUGAUUUCACUAAGAUUAUAAAUUAUUCUGGUGAAGGAGUUGAGAACAUACCCUAAUUUCACUAGGAUUAUAAAUUACACCAUCGUUGGGAUCAGACUGAAAGGUUCUAGGGCAUCAUCUAUCUAAAUGCUUGGAAGUUAAAGUUACUCGCUGCUCCAAACCAAUCAUUUCUCUACCAGGUAGAGGAUGUUUUGUAAAAUGCCAUUGAAAUUUUUUGCAAUCUGUGAUUGCAAUUUUAAACUAUUGAUUUUUUAAUUUUUAAUUUUUUUUCUGAAUAUCAAAGAAUUUUCCAAUAAGUGAACUUUGGGUUGUAUGUAAGUUACUGAUAAUGUUAAAUUAUAAAACAUGUCUACUUUUUCUCGUACACAAGGUAACCUCAGCCACAACCCAGUCCUUGAUUAUUCUGUCAUGGCCGAUCUGUCUGUACCUUUAUGCAAUAUUUAGCACCAACAAUUGUCAUAACAAAAAUAAUGUUUGGUUCAAAUUCUGACAAAAUAAUGAUUGUUUGAGAAAUAGAAUAUAUGUUCUGUAUAUGCUCAGGAAUUUUCCUCAGCCUGAGACUAACUUUCUAUAACAUCUCAGUCUUGGCUUUGAUCUCAAACUCGUACAUGUAACAGAUUCUAUCAUUCACCGAUAUUAGUAACAGCGAUUUUUUACAAACUCCACAAGAGGUACAGCAUUUAUUAGGGGUCAACAAAGGCAUUUUACUUAACAACUAUUUAGGGUUUGGCUGAUAACCUCUUAUUGACCUUUAAAGGAAUAGAUACAAUGUCUAUUUUCUAUCAAUUGAAAUGUCAAAAGUCCAGUAGUGGGGCCAGAGGAAACUCAGACUAGGUUCUAGGUACCCUGUUUAAAACAUCACAUGUCAGAUAUUUUGGUUGAUACAUGGUUGAUACAUUUAUUAUGGUUACAUUGACUGAUCUAGAGCAGGGUGGGUUAUGGUGCAUGGGAGGGGUUUGUGUGUUAAAGUGAAUUGGAGAUAUGUUAGAGUGAAUGGGAGGAGUUUGUAUGAGUGCUUUGGUAGUGAGAGAGGUUUUUUCUCAUUGAUUGCUUCAAAGUAGAGACAGAUGACUGGGGCAAAAUCUUUAUGGCAGAUAAGGGAUAAAGCUUAAUUAACUCUAAGUGGCUAGAGGAAAUUUUUUCUUUGUAUUUAUUACAUGGCUGUGAACAGAUGCACAUUUUCCAAUUAAAACUGGCGGCAAUAUUUUUCCUGUGUACAGCUAUGUCACAAUUUCCCUACCAUUAAUCCUUGUAAGGUAUCAGGAAAUUUAAAUGAUAACGGUAAUCAAUUAGGGAAAUUAUCUGAAAAAAAUGUGCAGUUACUGAUCUUUUGUACAUUUCAGUAAAGAUAUUGUGUACAAAUAA